AUGGAAUCACGGCCAGAGCUGGAACCAAUUGAUCUCCCAGAUGUCCCCGACGAUGGCUGUGUUGCGCUCGCUUUCGCAAUCCCAAAGUUUAUCAACAGAUGGUCUGGUGUUAUCCGUGAGAUUGGUCUUGACUCGACUUUCAAAACAACGCGCUCAGGGUAUGAGUGCUAUGCCCUCCUUGGGGAGGUAUCGGGCUCUGGCGUACCAUUGGGCUUCCUGUUGCUCAAGUCAACAAGUCCUGAUCCAGGAGCAAAAGAGCGGUAUCUGCGCGCCUUCAUCCGCCACUUUUUCGAGCGACAUCGUCUUCGCGUUCAUCAGUGUCUGACCGACAAAGACAUUACCGAGAUCAAUGCGUUGCUGGCUGAGCUCCCGAAGGACACCAAAUAUCAAGUCUGCUUUUGGCACGCUAUCCGAAUCGUAAAAGGGCGCUUAUGUGUUCUGGCCCGCCGGCCCGCAUUUUAUGACGCCGAGGAAGCAUUUCGCGAGUUUGACUGGAUCGACCGCGGGUUUCUUCCGAUUGCGCAAAUGGACCCAAAGCUUCGCACACCGGAAAAUCUUCAAGUUGCUCAGUCUGUUCUCCCGAUCUUCAAGGUCCAUUUCAACGGGCAAACUGUUGUCGCCCCCUCGCGGCCAAAGAUUGUGAUCAAUCUUAAUGGACUUGCAAAAUCGGCAGCCCCAGUGGACCCUGAGCGCGAGUCCAACGGGCCUUCCGCCCUCCAGCGUGUCUUGGAUUCCUUUGACGAGGAUGACCCCGACAGCCUGGACGUCGAUAUUGAUGACCGCGACGGCAUCGAUCGUUUUGACGGUCCGGCAACUUGGUUUGAGCCGGGGGAAACAGCGUUUGCAGAAGACAAGUCCUAUGUCUUCUGUGGUGCGCCGCAUCGCAAGCAGGUGCUCCACAUGUUCAUCCGGCACUUUUGCGAGCACCCGUUGCUCCCCGAUCGGCGUGGAAAAACUCGGACCGCGGCGAAGAUACGCGAGGAUGCUGUACAUGAGAUGUACACCUUCUGUAAGCAACGGGGCUUGCGCGAGUUGUGGGCAUAUAUGUGGGGUGCAUGGUAUUGUCCCGCAAAGUACAAGCUCUGGGCGCGAUCGACACAGCCUAAUUUCAUUGGUCACUGGCGAACAACGAUGGCUGUCGAAAAUUUCUGGCGCAAUCUCAAGCACGGAAUCCUCCAUCACCUCCUCCAUCCACGUCUCGACCAACUCGUUUUCCUUAUCACAACCAAUGUCAUUCCCACAACAGAGGCAAAGAUGCAACUCUUUGACCCCAAUCAUCUCCGUGGUCGUGUCAAGCCACUGACGCCAUUUCAGAAGGCUUACAAAAAGAACUUCAAGAUGCUGUCAAAACGUACGCUGGGCACUCAGGCCUACGACACCAACAUCGAGCGCUGGCAUCUGGUGCAGGCAGUCCAGCCUCCACACGGCAACUUCUUCCGUCAGGUUGUGCGCCGUCGGGUCAUUCCAUUCUACCGCCAUCCACUGCUCAUAGCCAAGGACGGAUCAUUCAGCAUCGAUACUGAUGAUCUGGAACCCGGCAGUAUCACGGAUGGCGAUCUUCCUGCUGAGCCACUGGCAGCGGCCACUCGCGGAAUCAAACGCAAACGUCGCCCAUCUCCGUCUCGCGCUCAGCCGUCUUGCGUGUCAGCCUCUGAUGAGGUCAUGGAGGAGAACGCGGUGACGGAUCUGCUGACUGCCAGUGUGUCCUCUCGUUCAUCCUCCCCUGUUGCAGAAGAUGAAUAUGAUGAUGAAACAGCAGAGGCCGUUGACUGGGUACACGAGCGCAUUGCAACACUGGAAUCUGCCAUCGAAGUCAUGCGAGAGCGAGCUGCCCAUCCUGGGCAAGCCAAAGUCUGGCUCCGGUCAGUCAAGCGCCAAAACAUCGGGGCCGAUGUUGCCCGGAUGGUCGCCGACGUUCGACACUCGACAUCAACUGGUCAUCGACGACCUUCUACAUGGGGACGUGGGAAAGCUGCAAAAUAUACAGCAAAUACGAUGGGAUGUGACAUCUAA